AUGGCGGCCCCUGAUGGCCCGCCGCCCAUGGCAGUUCCAGCUCGGUCCUUCGCUGACCUAGUCUCUGCAGUGCCUCAACCAUUGUCGGAGAUGGAGGUCUCUUUCCGUCAGCCGAAAACCAUUGAUGGAGAGCUGGUGUUUACGUUUUCAGUGGAUGAGAUUGAAAAGCUUGCCCAACCGUUUCGUUAUUCCAUUGUUCUGAAAUUCCUCAAACAAAGGCCCUCAUUGGAUGCGGUGAGAUCUUUCAUUCGAAACCGUUGGGGGUUGUCAAGUAUGCCCGUGGUGUCGGCGAUGCAGCGUCCUCGACAUGUUUUUGUGAGGAUGGCUAACGAGAUGGACUUCAACAAGGCCCUGUCCAGAGAAUCCUGCGAGGUUAACGGCACGUUUUACAGGCCUUUUGCAUGGACACCAGAUUUUGAUGAAAACUAUGAGCCAUCGUGUGUACCUGUUUGGGUGUUUCUCCCUGGACUUCCACCGAGUUUUUACCAGCCUUCAGUGUUAAAGAUGCUCACAGCCCCGAUCGGUAGGUUCAUACGAUGUGAUAAUUCCACUACGUGUGCAACGCGUACGGACGGUGCUCGGGUUUGUCUUGAAGUAGAUUCCUCAAAAGCGCCGAUCAAUUAUUUCUGGAUAGGUAAACCAGGGGUUCCGAGAAGUAGAAGGCAGGAAAUAAUCUUUGAAACACUUCCGGCAUACUGUUCUACCUGCAAGUGCCAGGGACAUAAUGCCCAAACGUGUCGCAGGGGAAUGGAUCAAAAGAAGCCGAUGCGAGAAGCUAAGAGAUGGGUAAAAGUGGAUGUGAAGCCAACGGAAGAGAGGGUGGUAGUGGCCGAACCAACGACUUCGAGUAAUCCCAAGACAGACGUGCAACCGGAGUGUUUGGCUCCUCGUGUGGAUGAUGCAGCUACUGAGCAUCCUGAUUUUGAUGGGAAGGGAUUUCUGGAGGAUGAACAUGAAGCUGGGAAAGUAGAUAUAUCGGAGGUGCAGAGGGACUGUACGUCUCCUAAGUUCCCACGGCAGUCACUAGACCCGGUUUGUGCAGGGGAUCCAAGUUCUUCUAAUGGCAUCCCGAGUCAAGAGAAUGAAGGUGGUAUGAAUUUGAUUAGUGAGAUGUGUGUGGAGAAGGGUGCAGUUUCGUACUUGGGUUUGAACGACAGGGAAGGGCCGAAUAUUGAUCUUCCUGAUUUUCAAGUCACAGAACUAUUGGAGGACGGAUCGAGUUUGAAUGAUGAGGUGAUGAUCAUACCGGAUUCCAUUGGAGAGCAAGUGGAACGCCUGACCCAUGCAGACGGAGAUGAGAAAGGCAACACCGAGUUGUUUGAAGAAACACAGUCAGAUCAUGAAGAUGCGAAAAUUAGUAUGAAAGAGGAUAUGCGAAAGGAAUAUUGCACAGACUCGGAGGGCAUGACCAAAAAAUGGUUGCGGGGGUCGAACCAAUUUGUUUCUGUGAAAGUUGAGGAGAAGGGGUUCGUCUUUAUUCUUACUAUAGUUUAUGCUAAAUGUAACCCUGUUGAAAGGAAGCAUCUCUGGGAUGAUUUGGUUGAGAUGAGUUAUGGGAAUCUUCCGUGGUUGCUUUGCGGCGAUUUUAACAUUAUCAGAGAGGACUCGGAACGACGGGGGGGACUCCCUCGGCCUUUCUCUGCUAUGGGAGAUUUUAAUAUUUGCCUUCAAAACUGUGGUGUGAUGGACAUGAGAUCACAAGGCGCGUCGAUGACUUGGUGCAAUGGCCACAGCGGCCUGUCCCGUAGUUGGGCAAGGUUAGAUCGCUGCUUCCUUAAUCCUAAUUUUCUUAAUUGUUUUCCUAACGUUUUCUCUCAGGUAUUGCCUCGCAACACGUCUGAUCAUGCUCCCUUAGUGAUUCAAAUGGGUGAAGAUCCUUUUAGGUAUGGGCCUAGCCCUUUUCGCUUCCAAUUUAUGUGGACUGACCAUGCAGAUUUCCUUAGCUUCGUGGAGGGGAUUUGGAAUCAAGCUGGUUUUGGUGCUGGUCUUUUUAAGUUAUCCUCCAAGCUUAAAAGACUCAAGGUGGCACUUAGGGAUUGGAAUCAGCGUGUUUUUGGGAGGACGGACGUGAUUAUCAAGGAGCUUGAGCAGCGUAUAGAUCGCAUUGAGAAUAGCCUUCAGAAUUCUUAUUCUAUUGAGGAUGAUAAUGAUCUCUUGGCUGCUAACUUGGAACUCCUAACUUGGAAGGGUCGGGAAGAUAUUCGCCUUUCUCAUAUGGCUAAGAAUAGAUGGCUUAAAGAUGGGGAUAAUAAUUCUAAGUUUUUCCAUGCGUAUCUUAAUGCUAAGAAGCAGAAGAGGGUUACUGAUAUGGUUCUGGCAGAUGGUACUCAUUUAAAUAACCCUCUUGAGAUCCAUAAAGCGGCAGUUGAUCAUUUCAACCAGUUUUUGAGUGAGAAUAGUAUUCGUGAUUUCCCUAGUUUGCAAGAUUUGAUUUCCCCGGUGAUUACUACAGAUGAGAAUAUGAGGCUUUGCAUUACCCCGUCAAUUGAUGAUAUUAAGGACGCUUUGUUCAGUAUUCCUAUUGAUAGUAGCCCGGGUCUGGAUGGUUUUGGUUCCGGUUUCUUCAGGUUCUGCUGGGAGAUUGUUAAAGAAGACCUUUUGGAGGCGGUUUCUGAGUUUUUUCAACAUCAGUUGCUUCCCAGGUAUUAUUCUGCAUCUUUUAUUGUUUUAAUCCCCAAGGUUGAUUCUCCUACGGGUUUUGAUAAGUUCAGACCUAUUAGUUUGUGUUCUGUGGUUUAUAAGAUUUGUGCUAAGAUUUUGGUGAGUCGUCUUACGAACUUGCUUCCUAAGAUGAUUUCCCAGGAGCAAGGGGCCUUUAUCCCUGGUCGUAGUAUUUUUGAAAAUAUCAGUCUUACUCAAGAGAUGGUCCAUUCUAUUAACAAAACUAUCUAUGGGGGAAAUGUUUUGGUUAAGCUUGAUAUGUCUAAGGCUUAUGAUAGAGUGAAUUGGAGGUUCCUUAUUCACGUUCUGGGUGUGUUUGGUUUUUCCUCUCAGUUUUGUGACUUGAUUAACCUUUGUAUCUCCUCUCCUUGGUAUUCUAUUAUGUUGAAUGGUACCUCUUUGGGUUUCUUUAAAGGUGAGCGUGGUCUGAGGCAGGGUGACCCGCUCUCUCCUUACUUAUUUGUCAUUAUGCAAGAGGUGUUAUCUCGGUUGCUUAAGAAAGCUUUUGUUAAUGGUAAUAUUGGUAGGUUUUCUCAAGCCAGAGGUACUCCCCUCAUUUCCCACCUUAUGUAUGCGGAUGAUAUUGUUAUUUUUACUAAUGGUGGGAAAAAGUCUAUGAGAGGGCUGAUGGAGGUUCUUAAUCUAUAUGAGAAUUGGACAGGUCAAGUUCUUAAUAAGAAUAAAAGUGCGAUUUUGUUUUCUAACAAAAUUUCUAAUACUAGAAAGUCCUCCAUUCUCCGUAUGACUGGUUUUUCAGAAGGUUCUUUUCCCUUUAAAUAUUUGGGUGUUCCUAUUGUGGUGGGUCGACUGAAGGUUUGUGACUUUGGUGAUUUGAUUGGGAAUUUUAAUAAGAAAAUUGCAGGGUGGAAAAUGAAAAUGUUAUCUACUGGGGGCCGUGUGAAUCUUUUACGUCAUGUUUUAUCGAGCAUGGCAAUUCAUCUCAUGGCAGUUCUUCAUGUUCCUAAUGGUGUUUAUAGGGUAUUGAAUAGGAUUAUGAGUUCCUUCUUCUGGGGUGAUGUUGAAGGGAAAGGUAAAAGGAAGUGGGUGGCUUGGAAACAUAUUUGUCAUCCUACUGAAGAAGGCGGUCUGGGUAUCCGGGACUUUGAAGAUGUUCAGAGGGCCUUACAUAUGAAAUUUGCUUGGCGUCUCCUUCAGGGUCAUUCUUUAUGGGCAGAUUUCUUUAGAGGCAAGUAUGUGCAAGGUAAUCAUUUAUCCCUCUUGAAUCCUACUAAGGGAACUAGAUUUUGGAAAGCUAUUGUGCAUUGUAUCCCGGAGGUUUUAAAUAAUUCUAAGUGGCUUGUGAAGGAGGGAAAUGUCUCUUUCUGGUAUGAUAAUUGGGUGGAUAGGGGUCCUAUUGGGGAUCAGUUUCCCGUUAUUGAGAGGCCUUUGCUUAGAGUUAAAGAGUGUCGGAUUGACAAUGGGUGGGAUAUUACUCUUUUGGAAAGAUUAGUGGGUCAACAUAAAGCCCUUGAGUUGUUUCAGUUUUUGGCUACGAGGAAGGAUGGUCAGGAUAUCCUAAUUUGGAUGAAGGAUAAUAAUGGAAAUUUUAGUACAAAAAGUGCUUGGGACUGUAUUCGUGUGAAAGCUCCUUUGUUACCUUGGGCCCAUUGGAUUUGGCAUACUCAUGUUCCCAAGAAAAUUUCUGUCAUGAUGUGGAAGGCUUAUCAUAAUUGUUUGAGUGUGGAUGAGAAGAUCAAGAGGAUUGGAAUUCCUAUUGUAUCUAAAUGUAAUUGCUGUGCUAGGGGACAUUUAGAGGAUUUAAAUCACGUUCUUUGUACUGGAGAUUUUGCCAGACGUAUGUGGCGGUUGGCAGCGACUCAUUUAGGUGUCCAUAUGGGUGUUUUCCAUACUUGGAAGGAGCAAAUUAAUUUCUGGUUUCGUCGUGCUGGUAAGUCUUCUCAGUUAAGGAUUAUCUUUGGUAUUCUCCCCUCUAUUAUUUCUUGGCAGCUUUGGAAUAGACGUUGUAAAGCUCGGGUUGAGGAUAAAGUGGAUUCAGUUCAGUCAGUUUGGUAUGUUGUUAAGUUGUGGAUCCGGAGGAUUAUGCCUUUAUUUAUGAAGGUUUCUAGGAUUUCUAACCUUGAUGUUGAUAUUCUGAAAAAGUUGGAUAUCCCGGUUUUAUAUCCUAAGCUCCGGCAACCUCGUGUGAUCAGAUGGAAGAGGCCACCUCAAGAUUGGAUGAAGCUUAAUUCUGAUGGUAGUAGCUUAGGGAACCCAGGACCAGCUGGUGCUGGAGGGGUUAUUCGUGAUAGUCUUGGUAGGAUUCACUCAGCUUAUUCGGUCUUUUUGGGUCAUGGGUCUAAUAAUUACGCUGAGUUGAGAAGUUUGUUGGAAGGGGUUAGAAGGUGUCACCAGUUUGGUUUCCGUCGGGUUGAGAUUGAGAUUGACUCUCAAAUGAUUGUCCGCUGGUGUACUAAGGGUCAGUGUACCAUUUGGUACCUAGAGGAUUUUUGGGAGGAAUUGAGGGGUCUUUUGGGUUGUAUGGAGUAUCGCUUGAACCAUGUGUUUCGUGAAGGUAAUGCGGUGGCUGAUUUUUUAGCCAAAAUGGGAGCUGGGGGUUUAACUAUGGAUUGGUCUUUUAACGAUACUCUACCUGAACAGCUUCGUGGUCUGCUUCGUUUGGACAGAAUUGGUCUCCCUUAUUUGCGUAAAGUGUAG